AUGAGUGGCUGUAAAUAUUAGAGGGUGGGACAUUCUCAUUCUAGAGAGUAUCUGAUUGGACAGAACUCUGUGCAGUGCAUGAUGAGUCAUCCAGAUUUACACUUUUAAAUAUGCUUAAAGUUGAUUUUUUAUUUAUUUUUAUUUGUUUGUAAAGUAUCUUUAAUAUGGCCUCAACGCUAACAGGCAUGGACUAAAAGCCACCAAACUUUCAUUUUGAUUCUAUUGGGCAGUUAUAAACAGUAGAAAUAAGCAUAUGAGUGUGCAAGUGAGAAUAACUUUGUGAGCAGCAAAGAGAUACAGACAGGAAGGAGUGAUAAAGAGAAGGAUAAUUGAAUGAAUUAGAGAGAGAGAGAGAGAGAGAGAGAGAGAGAGAGAGAGAGAGAGAGAGAGAGAGGCAGCAAGCAAAAGAAAAGCAGCAGGGCCGGCCCACUCAUAUUGACAGAGAGCCGGAGUUUAGAGCUUGUCAGGAGAUGACAGAGUGGAGAGAGAGAGAGAGAGCGAGAGAGAAGAGCUGAGUGGUUCAGAAAGUGAAGGAAUAGAAGAAAAAAGACUGAAGCAGAGUAAGAGGGGGGAAACUUAUGCGAAAAAAAAACUUGGAUUUAAUUCAUUUUUCCAUCCCGCAGCCGGCUUCCCUGGAUCUACGUCUUGCCAGCACUGCCACGUGCUUGCCACACACACACACGCACGCACAUAUUUCUGGGACUGCCAGGGGUAUGUGUCUGCAUCCUGGUUCGCUCUCAUCUCUGGAUAUGCCUCUGUGGUUGUAACACUCGUCUGCGUGCGUGAGCAUGGGAGGUGCGGAGCUCAUCGAUGUGAUAUGGAACUAUUAGUUUAACUCCAGAAUCCUUUAAGAAAAUUCACCAGCAUGGAUUAACAAAAUAUGAGGAGAUUUGGGCAUGUUCAACAGAAGCCACAUCUGGAAUUUCUCCUCUCUUUGGGGGAGAGGAUGGACACAUCUUUAACUUAUCUUUAACAUCUUUAACUGGCCAAAUCUUUUUUCUUUUUUUUAUGUAAUGGUUUUUACCUUAAUGGUUCUUUCGUUAAUACGACUCGUCCUCUUGUGAGCCCUUGCACACUCCCGUACGUGUUUAUGUGUGAUGUGGUCAGCGGGUCAGGUGCCGUUGGUAAUGCCCGCUGUGUGCCCUCGUGUAGAGGGUAUGGAGUGGUGUUUUCGGGAUGCGGUGGGGGUGGACUGCAGCUCUCCAGAACCUCGCUGUAUCUGGGUGGCGGUUUUACACGGAGAUACACCACAAAUUAAUGUUUCGAAAAAUGACACUUCUGAAAGUACAAAUGGUAUCAGUGCCAGAAGAGCAAUGCUGAGACGCUCACAGACCUGCAGGGCAAAGGGGUGGAGAGAUGGGACCUCUUCAUCCAGUGAGAACCCUCGGCCGGUGGUCAGGAGCGGGGCAGAUGGGUUGGGCAUGUCCUGGCAGGGUCCACGUACACUGGUGCUCCAAAAGAACUCUCAGGGCUUUGGUUUUACGCUACGUCACUUCAUCGUUUACCCACCAGAGUCUGCCCUGCACACCACUUUCAAGGAUGAAGAGAAUGGGAAUGGAAAGGGGCUUCAUCGGAGUUGUCUGGAGCCCAUGGACACCAUCUUCGUUAAGAAUGUGAGGGAGAAAGGCCCGGCCCACCAGGCCGGCUUGUGUACAGGAGACAGGCUGGUUAAAGUAAAUGGAGAGAGUGUGCUGGGUAAAACGUACUCACAGGUCAUUGCACUGAUUCAGAACAGUGAGAGUGUACUGGAGCUCUCCAUCAUGCCAAAGGACGAUGAUGUGCUGCAGCUGGCAUAUUCCCAUGAUGCCUACCUAAGAGGGAACAAUCCAUAUACAGGAAAGGCCCAAAAUCUUCCUCCUCCACCCCCUGUUCUCUACCCUCCACGUACAAUAUCCCAGCCUCCUGCGGGGUACUCCCCCUCCCCUGCCCCAGCUUCCUCAUAUAUGGGGCAAAACCAGCUGGACAACUGGAGCCGCUGGCCCGGCUCUUCCUCUGGUCCUUCUCCGCCCCUUGACAACCGGACAGUCACUUCCAGCAACGCUGUCUGGGCAGCUGAGGGCAGGAACUGUGAGCCAGGAGGUGUUAGUCACAGUAGCCCUGCACACCGAACUGAGGAGAUCCAGUAUGGAAUGACUGACAGGGGACAACAAGCAAUUGGACAAAUGAGAGGACAUUCACACUCAUCUUCUUCCUCUUCAGGAGGAAUUAUGAGCCCAUUGCAUCACGCUCAUUUUGCCAACCACAAUGUGGGUACUGCCAUGGGGCACACUGGAGGCCGCAAGGGAAGCCCUUCUCAGCCAACAUCAACACCCCCAUCCAGCCGUAACGAACACACCCAACAAGCCCUUUCCAACUGGUACUACAGCCAGGUACCAGGCCGCGAGCGAGAGCGGGAGCGGGAGCGAUCUAGUUCUCGCUCCAUGCUCCCACGCCAUAGGAGUUUCUCACAGGACCGCCUGGGUGAGCUUGGUAGGGCCAGACGGUCGCAGCAAGCAGGCUUUCCCCACAGUGCAUCACAAGACACAUUGCUACUGCUUCAGCAGAGCUCUGCAGCGUACCCUGAUCCCUACUGGAACCAAGGAGACUGGCGUGGCGAGCAUGCAUAUGGACAGCACCCAUCUGCGGUGGGCUAUGGGCGCAAUUCCUCCGAAAACCUUCUAGCAAUCCGGUACGGACACUCGGGACGUUCACUGGAAACUCUCGACAGAGCUGUGGGGAUUCUCUCACCACGAGUUGAAAGAUCCACUUGGGUCCAGCAGCCCCCACACAGACCUGAAGGAUAUCCGAGACGUGGUGGACAUUGUGGGCAACACGCAGAGUCCCACCAACAAAAACAGUCCCACCAAACACAACACCAUCAACACACACCUCAGCAUCAAAACCUCACACAUACAGCACACCAAUACCCCUCUCAGACUCCACAACCUCAGCAGGCAGCUCCACAGGCAAGACGCUUGCCUUCUUGCCAGAGUCUAGACGAGGAGCCGAUUGGCUACCGCAGCUACAGCCCCUCUUUCAACCGCAAGACUGGACGUAUCCUGCAGCAGGCCCAGUCAUUUAGAGACCCCUCUUAUACAGGUCCACGCCUCUGGACUCCUACACCCAAAACCAGUCCCCCAGAGGGGCUUCCACCCUCGGCCGCUUCUUCCCCAGCCCCACCAACCACCUCCUCUACAACUGCGAUUCCCACACCCCCUGAAGGACAAGACAGAACUUACCGACCCACUAAUCAUGACAGAGGGGCAGGGGAACCAACAGGUGAAGCCCAGACACAGGAAGUAGUUCUGAGGCAGAAACCACCCACUGGCCGCAGGGGUCCAAACACCCAUCGACAUCCACAUUACGCCAUAGCACUUGACUCCAGUGACCCUCUACUCUUUACCUCUGACCCUACGGAGGCCCCUGCCAAAGCAGAAAGUGCUAUUUCUCAUCGCCGCACGAAUGGAAAUCUGCCACCACUAUCCAUAGAGGAUGACUCCCUCGCUUCGAUUCCUUUUAUAGAUGAGCCGACCAGUCCAAGUGCAGAUCUGCGGGCACGUCAUGUCCCCGCCUCCUCCGUCGUGUCCAGUGGCGGUAUAAACUCCGCCCCUGCUGUGGCCACAAGUCCCGCCUCCCCAACCUUCACCUUUCCCCUCAACCGCCUUUUCUCCCACGGCAGCAGUGAUGCCAAGUCUAAUCGUCGUUCUUCUUACCUGCUGGCCAUCACCACUGAACGCUCCAAGUCAUGUGAUGAGGGGCUUAAUGCAUAUAGAGAAGAGGGGCGGGUCUUCUCAAGGCUUCCAAAAAGAGUCAAGAGCUUUUUUAUUGAAGGGUCUCUAGACAGUCUGGGUGCUGCUGAAGAGGCUCGCUCUAAACGACACUCUACCUCGGAGCUGGGCAGCAUCAGCUACAGUGACGUGAAGAGGGACGGAUGGCUCCACUUCAAACAGAUCCACACUGAGAAGGGCAAGAAGGUGGGUAGUGCCAUCUGGCCUUGGAGGCGGGUGUUCUCCGUGCUUCGGUCCCAUUCCCUGUUCCUCUACAAAGACAAGCGAGAGGCAGUUCUCAAAGGGGCGGCGCUGGGAGGCGGGGUCGACGAUGAGCAGCCAAUCGGCAUCCGGGGCUGCCUUGUGGACAUAGCGUACAGCGAAACCAAGCGCAAGCACGCGCUGAGGUUGUCCACGCAGGACUUCUGUGAAUACCUGCUACAGGCGGAGGACAGAGAGGACAUGCUGGAGUGGAUCAGAGUCAUCAGAGAGAGCAGCAAGACUGACAAUGAGGAACUGGGUUUUCCAGGGCAGGCUCUCAUAAGUAAGAAACUUAAUGACUACAGGAAGCAAAGUCCAACGGGUAAUAAACCAGACUCCUCACCCAGAGUGCAUCGAAUGCCAUUUCCACGUUCCCCAAAACACGAGGCCAAAGAUGAGAGCAGCCCCCCUAAAUCUCCUUGGGGCAUAAAUAUAAUGAAGAAGGCCAAGAAGGCAAGCCCUAAAGCCUUUGGGGUCCGUCUAGAGGACUGCCAGCCGGCUGCCAAAAACAAGUUCAUUCCCCAGAUUGUGGAGAUCUGCUGCGGGCUGGUGGAGGAAAUGGGUCUGGAGUACACGGGGAUCUACCGAGUCCCGGGAAACAAUGCAGUAGUGUCCUGUCUACAGGAGCAGCUCAACAAAGGAGUAGACAUCAACAUCGCUGAGGAGAGAUGGCAGGACCUGAAUGUGGUCAGCAGCCUGCUGAAGUCCUUCUUCCGUAAACUCCCAGAACCCCUCUUCACUGAUGACAAAUACAAUGACUUUAUUGAGGCCAAUCGGAUGGAGAAUGCCAGUGAUAGGUUAAGGACAAUGAAGAAACUGAUCCGUGAUCUACCAGAUUAUUAUUUCCACACUCUAAAAUUUCUAAUUGGACACCUAAAGACUGUGGCAGACCACUCUGAGAAGAACAAGAUGGAGCCACGUAAUUUGGCGCUGGUGUUUGGCCCCACUCUUGUCCGGACCUCAGAGGACAACAUGACAGACAUGGUCACCCACAUGCCUGACCGCUACAAAAUUGUCGAGACACUCAUUCAGCAUUAUGUCUGGUUUUUCGUUGAAGAACACGAAAAGGAUGAAAAGACACCUGUGGACACGGAGGAUGUUCAACCCGCUCCAAACAUAGAUCAUCUCCUCUCUAACAUUGGCCGGACAGGCCUGCUAGGGGAGGCGUCAGACUCAACCAACAGUGAUUCUGCAAGAUCUAAGGGGUCGUGGGGAUCAAAACGUGACUUUACUGCCAAGGAUAUCCUGACGUUAUCGAUCAUGUCGGCCGUGACCCGAAAGCGCCGGAAGCGACACAACGGCCGUCUCGUCGGCAGCAGCACUGACGACGAUUCUGAGCACGAACCCAUUAAAUCCUGUGUCUCCGAAAAAGACGAUUUGCAAGAGAUGGGGCGGGUGGCAUCCUUCUGCGCCCCUCGAGCGGAGGGAGAGGAAGAUGAAGAAGAAGAGGAGGAGGAAGAUGAGGAAGAGGAGGGUGAGAGACUUAAGGCAGAGGAACCGAAAGAGGAAGUAGUUCCCAGCAUUUCCUCGGCAGAGGAAGCGCCACCAGCUGUGCUGCUGAGCGAGGAGGAGGAGCAAAGGUCUGAAGUGAAAGGUCGCAGCUGGCGAGGAGAUGAUGCGCGCUCUAUUGUUUCGGGCUACUCUACUCUGUCCACUCUGGGGCGGAGCUUAGCAUCAGAGGGGCGGGGCGAUGAUGCGGAUGAUGAGCACAGUGAACUGGUGAGUGAAACCGACAACGAAAGCGGAUUCGCCUCGCGCUCCCUCACCCAAGAGAGGCCGGAAAAACCGACCCGUUCCGAUCAAAACUCGCACGCCUCACCCGAACCGACCGCGCCACGCAGUUUCCUCUAUGCGCACUGCAAAUCCCAGACGCCCUCUGGCUCCACCCUCGCUCCGCCUCCUCCUUCCCUCCACAUCACUUCCAACCCUGAAGACCGAGCGAACGAUGUCGCAGCACGUUCAUCCACUCCCUCAACCUCCUCUCACUCAUCAUCCGCCUCCCAGCGCCUCCACGGCCGCAACUCUUUUAACUCCCACCGCCUCAUACAGUGCGACACCCUCGCACGGCGUCGGCUAAAGUCAGACAAAGCCAAAGCGUCCUCGUUGGACCUGUCAGAACUGUCAAGCUCCUCCGCCAUGGAGGGAGAACGCCAGUCAGAUGCAAAUCAAAUCCCGGAUUCCUCUCCAUUUCCUCCACCAAAAGCCAAACCCUUCAAAGAGGUUAGCGUGAGAAAAGAGAGUACGCCAACAUCCUUGGCCGGUCUCGGAAGUAAGAGCUGCUCGUUGUCCCCUGAGCAGGGUUCCCUGGCGGACCAGGUACGGGCUCGGCUGAUGGGCUCGGCGGAUGACCUGCGCAGCGUCGGCCUGAGGAAGCAGCUCUCGCCCGAGACACGCCGAAAGAGACGGGCGUGGAGGAGGCACACAGUGGUGGUCUCCCCUACAGACUGUUCAGGAAAAAAAACGCCGGCGCUACCCCCCAAACCGCUAACUUCACCCUCCCCUGUUGAAAAGCUGGACGUUGGAGAGUCCCACCCAGAGACUGAAGCCCCUAUUGCACAUCGGGCCCUGCCUACCUCGCGUUUCCGUGAUUUCUUGUAGCAAUGAUGGUGUGUACAGGCUAGUGAACCAAGAGAGUUGGAUUUGUGUUGUGUUGUAGUUGCGUCCUCCGUAUGUUUGAUAUGAGUUCACACUGACAGCGAUUAAUAUCAUUGUAGAGUACUUUUGGUCGAUAGACUUCAUACUCAAUGCAGUGUCAAACUGGACCAGGUGCAAAUGAUGUGAGGGAGGGUCAUUGUGUACCAUUCAGAAUUGAACUGAGCAUUCUUCCAGUUCAGUUUUUGAAUUGGCAUUGAAUUUGAAUUGAGGUAGCAAACAGGAUGCCAAAUUGAAUUUCGAAUUGAAUCAAUUGGCCUGUCAAUUGUUUGCUUCUGAAACAGGGAUGUUCAAUGCUGCAUUUCUCCCUUGGUUCGAUUUCACAAAGAACAUUUUUAUGCAAUUGAAUAUUUUUACGUUUAUGAAAGUUUCGAAGAAGAACAAUGAUGUUUUAAAAUGAAGAGGCGGUCUUUGGUUUUUAGCUGGGAUAAGAAUUUGCGGUAAGAAUAAAAUUGACGGUCAGUUAGCAUUCGGCCUGGUUUGAAACAGACACCGAGAUAAAGUAGUGCGAAAAUUACAUUUUGUUGAUGAAUGAAUUAUGGCAUAUUUUCAAAUUAAUUAGAGAGAUGGUGAGAGAGAGAGAUGCGCACCUGCGUCUGUAUCAGUGUCUCUCUCUAUUAACAAUGAAGCUGUGAGUUUACAAUUACUUAAACAUGAGAAAUAUAUAAUGUAGCGAUUCCGUAUCGAAUUUAUUCUAUUACUAAAAGUCGCGGGGCUGCGUUGAAGUUUCCGCUUAUAUGUGUGUGUGCGCCUAAAACAGCAAACGUGAUUCAACUGACUUGGAACUAAAUGUGCAUUAAACGGUUUUAUUGCACACCUUUCAGCCAAUCAGAAUCGAGUAUUCAGACAGACCAUGGUAUAUGAAUAAACAAACUGAAACCAGAGAAUGUCUAAUU